CGUGGUUGCAGGCCCCGCCCGCCCGUUCCCUGACAGCGAGGCUUCUCCUGGAGGGAAGCGGGUCCGUUGGUCGGUUCGGAACGAGGCUGGCGCUGCCAGACCCGCGCCUAGCCGUUGCCAUGGCAGCCACCGGCGGGGGCGCGGAGGACGAGUCGCGAUCCGGCCGCUCGAGCUCCGAGGGCGAGUGCGCGGUGGCGCCGGAGCCUCUGGCGGAAGCCGGAGGCCUGUUCUCCUUUGCGGACCUCGGCGCUGCACUGGGCAGCGGCGCAGGCCUCCCGGGUCGGGCGGUGGGCAGGGCCCAGUCCCCGCUGCGCUACCUCCAAGUCCUGUGGCAGCAGGACGUCGAGCCUCGCGACGAACUGCGUUGCAAGAUUCCCGCCGGGCGGCUGAGGCGUGCAGCCAGGCCCCACCGACGGCUCGGGCCCACCGGCAAAGAGGUGCACGCUCUGAAGAGGCUGAGGGACUCAGCUAAUGCCAAUGACAUAGAAACAGUGCAGCAGCUUCUGGAAGAUGGUGCGGAUCCCUGCGCAGCUGAUGACAAAGGCCGAACAGCCCUCCAUUUUGCUUCCUGCAAUGGCAAUGACCAGAUUGUGCAGCUUCUCCUGGACCAUGGGGCCGACCCCAACCAACAGGAUGGUCUGGGCAACACCCCAUUGCACCUGGCGGCCUGCACCAACCAUGUUCCUGUCAUCACCACACUGCUUCGAGGAGGGGCCCGUGUAGAUGCCCUAGACAGAGCUGGCCGCACGCCCCUACACCUGGCCAAGUCGAAACUGAACAUCCUGCAGGAGGGUCAUUCUCAGUGCCUGGAAGCCGUCCGCCUAGAGGUGAAGCAGAUCAUCCACAUGCUACGGGAGUACCUGGAGCGCUUGGGGCGACAUGAACAGCGUGAACGGCUAGAUGACCUCUGUACCCGCCUCCAGAUGACAAGUACCAAAGAACAGGUGGAUGAAGUGACGGACCUCUUGGCCAGCUUCACCUCCCUCAGUCUGCAGAUGCAGAGUAUGGAGAAGAGGGCUCCACUGGGGCAGGAGCUGGAGACCUGGGCAGGCUGGAGACCAAGAGCGAGCAGAGGCAGGACUGAAGGAACCAGUUCCUCAGGCAUUGCAUCUCUGGGCUCCUCACCCUAGACCUCCUGGAAGGACUUGAGGCCUAGUUACCAGCCCUCUGGCUGUUAGGGAAGGGACAGGAACCCCAGAACAGAGGAAGGUUUGUGUGGCGCGUGCACUGCUAUGCUGGGGAAAAAUCCACACUAAGAGAAAUUGGGAAAUCCGGCUCUGGUGCCCUGGCAGCAGAGGCAUAAAGGGCUGCCAGGGUCCUCUGGGCUGCCGGGCACACCAAGGACUCCUUGCCCCUGACUGGGCUUCUGCUUUGCAUAUGAAGAGCUAUGUAACCCAGAAUCUCCAGGAAACAGGGACCAAUCAAUUCCUGAAGCCUGGGCCUCCAGGAACAAGGAGGUCCUGAAUCCCUGUUACCACAGGUUCGGUCCCACACUGCAUCUGUUGCUAACUCCCCCAGUGGCUAUGCAGACAGUGAAGGGAGGGCUUGCCAAAGGAAGUUGGCUUCUAGGUUAAUCAUCAACACUGGUCAGGCGGCCAGACAAUCUUCCCUGUCCUAUUUCCAGCCACAAUAUUUCCUAUAGCCCUGAAUCAGUUUGAAGAGCCAGCCAGAGACUUGUCUCAGACACUUGAGUGAGUCAGAAAGCACAAGUGGGCCCUGGGCGCCGGGCUGGGCACGGGGCAGGAAGGAACACAGCUGCAGUAGUCCUCUGGGCUUCUAGAGCUGGCUGUUGGAGAGGCCCCGAUGUGGGGGAGGGCGAUGUGUGCAGGGCCGGAAGGAAAGCUCGUGGCUUCACCUGGGCCCGACUCCUUCUGAACACAAACUGUCAUGAUGGAGCACUACUCAGACCACGAAUGUUCACAGGUUUGAGGUGGGCCUGCUCCUGCUGCCAUCUACACCUGAACAAACAGGUUUGCCAGGUUCCCCCACCCAGGCAGCUAGAUCCACCUCAGACUCAUUAUUUCUACCAUGCCUGAAGCCAGAACCUCUUCACGAUCCAUGUCCUCACAGAGGGUGGAGGUAUGUGUUGAGUGCCUACUGUGUGCCAACAUGUGCAGUUGUCACAUUAUGUAUAUACAUCUCCCCUGCAGACUUGAUUGAAAUAAAGUGUCGGAUGCUAGUCUAGCAUUCUCCCCAC